UCUCCGAUACCAUGGCCGCCUCCGUUGAUCCUUUGGUCGUCGGCCGCGUGAUCGGCGAUGUGGUCGACAUGUUUGUCCCGACUGUGAACAUGUCUGUUUACUUUGGUUCAAAGCACGUCACCAAUGGCUGUGACAUCAAACCCUCCAUCGCCGUUAGCCCUCCGAAAGUGACCUUCUCCGGUCACCCCGGCGAGCUUUACACCCUGGUCAUGACUGAUCCCGAUGCUCCCAGUCCAAGUGAGCCUAGCAUGCGAGAAUGGGUUCAUUGGAUCAUGGCUGAUAUUCCUGGAGGAACAAAUCCUAUUAGAGGAAAAGAGAUACUGCCCUACGUCGGACCAAGGCCACCGGUGGGAAUUCACCGUUACAUUUUGGUGCUGUUUCAGCAGAAGGUGCCUAUGGGACUCGUGGAUCAACCCCCGACUCGAGCCCAUUUCAACACUCGCUAUUUCGCAGCGCAGCUUGACCUAGGCCUGCCCGUGUCCACCGUGUAUUUUAAUUCACAGAAGGAGCCGGCCAACCGGAGGCGUUGA